GAAAGCUCCAGGACGGCCCACGAAGGGCCCAAGACGGCCCAAGAGAGUCCCCAAGACGGGCCUCCGUAGCCAUUUUGGCUCAAGCCAUCGAGGCUCAGGUCUCGUGGAUUACUUUCUUUCUCGUGGAUCACUCACUUUCUUCUCAGCUGUCCACGUCUAUCGUAUCGUCUUGCGGGCAUGUUGACAAACUACAUCAAUGUAGUAAUCGUUUGUUUGUCGACCGUGACGUCUAGCUUGAGGUUGAUGCCCAAUGGCGAACCCGAGGAAUGGGCGACGGCGUCUGCAGAGAUAUCCGCCAUGCGCGAGUCAUUGCCCAAUGUUUCAGCUCAGCAUUCACGGCUCGGGCGAACUAACAAAAGUGUCGCGAUAUUGCUUGUUGGCAUGCAGAAGCAUAUGCUGGUCGAAAGCAAGCUUAAACAUGUAGUAGAGCCGCUGUUGGCUCAAGGCUGGAAGGUUGAUGUGUUUGUGGAACUCGUUGCUCUCGGCAUCGAGCCUGGGUUUACGUGGAUUCCUGUUAAAGGGGAUACGGUAGCGGAAAGAGUCUCAGCAGUAUCGUCAAGGAUGGCCGACGAAUUUCUCAGUUUAUUCCAGCAGAAUUUGGAAAUGCGAGGUGCCCGUCUUGUCCAUGGCAAUCUCUUACAGGCAGACUACGACCUUACAGGCGACCUUGCGUCAGCGCAGGGUCUCGCGGGGCUCGGGCGGAUGAGCCAGUACAGUCCGUUCAGCAACAAUGAUUCCGUUCUGUCGCAAAACCAUCAAACAUUUGUGCUAAAGGAUUCUGUGAUAGGCCAGGCUGUGCUGAAGCGUUUCAAAGGAUUGCAGAAUUUAAUGAGUGUCGUUACGGCCACCAGCGAUUACGAUUUCGUUCUCGUGACACGGGACUCGGACCUUUGGCUACACAAGUUGGACCUCGAUUCUUUUGCAGGUCAAGUGCAGCAAGAUGCCCCGGUAGUGUACACAAAAGCAUGUUUACAGUGGCUUGGAGGCGUCAACGACAAGACCUUUUUGUUUAGCGGUUCGGCUUCCAAGAGAAUUUUGUCAACUUUGUAUAACGAUUUCUUUAACGAAACACACCAUGCUUUGGAUAAUUCCAGAAAUGCUGAGCUGUAUUGGAAACAACUUAUCACUCAAGUCCAUCGUGUGCGUUCGCGUCCGCAACACCCUUCCCGCAUCCCAACGGCAGACGCUCUCUGGCGUCUCGUUGAUGGGAGCAAACAUCUCUGCGUCAAGAGAAAGUACUUCUGCAAAGAGUUUAAUGCAGAGAAUACGGCGCCCAUGUGCCCACAAGUUCAUGACUAGACCGCAGAUCCCUUCGCAGAUUCUGGCUCUGGUGCUGCGUUCUGUGGGGUCAACGUUCUUUGUGUUUCGAGAGGGCAAGGUUAUCGACACGUUUUUCCUGGCUGCAUGCCACCCCUGGAGCGCGCCGCCGCGGCUGGCGAAUUAGAGGCACCGAUCGCAUACGUUGCUUUUUGCAGCCAAUGUCAUCAGAUGCUCGGGGAGCAGGACCUGGAUUCAACUGUCCAGCCCGAUUUGGCAGGUUUUGUAGUGAGGUGUCCAUGUUUUGCGACGGUGAUCGUGCCUUCCCCUUUCGCAGACUCUGCCACGCCAGCCAAUGCGAUCAGCAUUGCAGACGGGUCUGUCCAUCGAUGCUAGGUGAGAUAAUCCAUGUAUGGCGUUUGUAGGCCAGACGGUUAGCGUCUGUGGCCGCGCCUUCUUGUGGAUCUCGCCCGCAUUUGACAAGCCACGGGCUUGCCAUCCUGCGCUGACAACACCGUGCUCAAAAAACAA